ACUCCACUCCACUCCCCACACACAGACACACACAUACACACACACACACAGACACACACAGAGCGCCACACGAUGCCCAACUUUGCCGGCACGUGGAAGAUGAAGAGCAGCGAGAAUUUCGACGAACUCCUCAAAGAGCUCGGCGUGAACGCCAUGCUGAGGAAGGUGGCCGUGGCGGCGGCCUCCAAGCCCCACGUGGAGAUCCGUCAGGACGGCGAGCAGUUCUACAUCAAGACGUCCACCACGGUGCGCACCACCGAGAUCAACUUCUGCAUCGGGGAGGAGUUCGACGAGGAGACCGUGGAUGGCAGGAAGUGCAAGAGUCUGGCCACCUGGGAGUCUGAGAACAAGAUGUACUGUAAGCAGACGUUGGUGGACGGGAAUGGCCCCAAAACUUACUGGACGAGAGAACUGAAGGGUGAUGAGCUCAUCUUGACUUUUGGGGCCGACGAUGUGGUGUGCACACGGAUUUACGUGCGAGAGUGAAGAAUCAGAGAGGGGCCUUGCCGAGGGCCCGGGAUGAGAUGUUCUGCUCACGUGUUGAUGUCCCACCCACUUCUCUUCUUCCCACCCCACUAUCCUAUUCCUGCACCCUCUUUCAAUCCAAGAUGAGAAGCUUUGAAGGUGUCAUGCAACAAUCCCAGUUGUCCCCCCCCCAAUGACCACACACUCCCACUCAGGCUGCUUCUGUGACUGUGAUUCUCUGUGCAAAUUUCCAUCUAGAUACCCUCACCAUCCCACCACCUUCAUGCACCCUCACAACACUCUCCCCUCUUUUUUGUAUGUUAGAUAGUUGUGGUGUGUCUGUGUUUCAAAUAAACAUGAAU